UCAUGCUGCUGCCAGGUCCAGAGUCUCUCAUGGGUCCCUGUACGGCCUCCCAUUGCUGCUGUCUCCAUCGCCACACUCUGCCAUGUUACAGGCCUCCCAUAGGUGCUGCCAGGCCCCAAAUCUGCCAUGGGCCCCCGUACCGCCUGGUCACGCUGCUGCUGGGCCCACAGUGUGACCUGGGUCCCUGUACCGCCUCCCAUUGCUCCCCCUCUGCCAUGUGCCACUUUCAGGUCUCCUCACACUCCUGCUGGUUUCCAUUUUGUCAUAGGUUGCUGUAUGGCCUCCCAUUGCUGCUGCCUCCA